UCCACUGAGAUUUAGUUGAAAUUUUAAUGUUUUGUAGUUGAUUUUUAUUUAAUUUGAUUUGAAUUUCUUAUUCAAAUAAUAAUCAUCUAAUUUUCAACAUUUUGUUACCUUUGUGUUUUGUUUUGUGAGUGUUAGUUAAUCAACAAACAAUCUCAAAUUAAAAGCAAAAUUAAUAAACAAAUUGAACACAAUGACGGAAAACAGUGGUUCAUUAAACAAUGAGGUUACCAAUACCAAAAAGGAGCCUUCAUUAAAGGAGUUGGAUAAUUAUAUUGAAAGUCUUAUGGAAUGUAAACAAUUAACUGAGAAUCAAGUUAAAUUAUUGUGUGAAAAAGCCAAAGAGAUCCUAUCAAGGGAAAGUAAUGUACAAGAGGUUAAAUGCCCGGUUACAGUUUGUGGUGAUGUUCAUGGCCAAUUCCAUGAUUUACAAGAGCUAUUUAAGAUAGGAGGUAAAUCUCCUGAUACUAAUUAUUUAUUUAUGGGUGAUUAUGUCGAUCGUGGUUACUACUCCGUAGAAACUGUAUCAUUGUUAGUGUGUCUUAAAGUCCGUUAUAAAGAAAGGAUAACCAUUUUAAGAGGUAACCAUGAGUCACGACAAAUCACCCAAGUAUAUGGUUUUUACGAUGAAUGUUUACGUAAAUAUGGUAAUGCUAAUGUUUGGAAGUAUUUUACCGACCUUUUCGACUACUUACCUUUAACCGCAUUAGUUGAUGGUCUGAUAUUCUGUUUACACGGUGGAUUAUCUCCAUCCAUAGACACAUUGGACCAUAUUCGAGCCCUUGACCGUUUACAAGAAGUACCUCACGAAGGACCCAUGUGUGAUCUCCUCUGGAGUGACCCCGAUGACCGAGGUGGAUGGGGCAUCUCACCCCGUGGAGCUGGUUACACCUUUGGACAGGAUAUUAGUGAAACAUUUAACCAUACCAAUGGAUUAACCCUUGUAUCUCGAGCUCAUCAGCUAGUUAUGGAAGGUUACAAUUGGUGCCACGAUAGGAAUGUAGUAACCAUUUUCUCCGCUCCCAACUAUUGUUAUCGUUGCGGUAAUCAGGCAGCCAUAAUGGAGCUUGAUGAUAACCUCAAGUAUUCCUUCUUGCAAUUUGAUCCUGCUCCCAGAAGAGGAGAGCCACAUGUCACAAGGAGGACUCCCGAUUAUUUCCUGUAGGUUUGAGAUGAAAUCAAUAAACAAAAAAACUCAAAAACAAUUAAA